UGAAGCGCGCACGGCAACAAGCAGCCUUCCACAGACGGAGGGAGAGACGCGCACACACCGGCCGCUUUCCGGGGGGAGCACCGUCGACGCUGCUGCGGGCAUGAACUGAGGCGGCGCGCAGGAGCAAGAGGCACGGACCGCGGCGCCACAUCCCGAAAAUUAUCCAUAAAGGUGGAACACUGCCCCCCUCCCCUUCCCAGAGCCCUCCUCUCCCCCCCUGACAGCUCGCAUUCAGAUAGUCCUACACCAAAAAACCGCCCCCCCCCCGCGCCCCCCACCCUCCUGCGCCGCUGCUCCAACCGCUCCGGCAACCGAGAUGCACACGGAGACCCGUAACAAGAAAUGCCAGUCAACUCCAAAGCAGAAGAAGAGUGCUGUCGGCGCCCGGAAGAAGGUGAGGGGCCCGGCCAAGCUCAGCCCCCCAGCGCAGCAGCCAUCGCCGCCGCCACCUGCAGUCCAAGCGGAGGAAGAGGAGGAGAAGAAAGAGGAGCCGGCCACCGGGCCUCGACCGCCCCACGGAGAGGAGGAGGAGGAAUCUGGCAAGGAGCAGCGAAAGGAAGCGGCGACGCAGUCUGCAAGGGUGAAGGAGGAAGAGGAGAAGAAAGACAAGGAGGCGGAAAGCGAGGAAGACAUGCCGUCUGUACAGAUCAAGGCGGAGCCAGAGGAGAUGGAGUGCACGGCCGAUGUAGGUGAUGACUGCUCACAGCCAGCAGACCUAAAGGUGAAGUCUGAAUGCAAGACAGAACCCAGUUCGCCUCAACCGAGCCCCACCGAGGACCAGACCGAGCCUGUUGAUCUGUCGCUCAACAAGCCACGCUCCUCUUCCACAGCCAAUCCGUCGCCCGGCGCUGCUGUGAUGCAGCCCAGCCUGCCUGCAACGCCAGUCCCCUCUGCGGUACAAUCCAUAGGCUCCAUGGUCCUCUCUCCAGGCUCCAUCUUAGCCACACAGGGUGCAGGGGGUCAGCAGAUCCUCCAUGUCAUCCACACAAUCCCGUCGGUCACCAUGCCCAGCAAGGUCGGUCAGUUGCAGACCAUCCCCGUGGUGGUGCAGUCGCUGCCUGUCGUCUACACCACCGUGCCUCCUGAUAGCGUCGCCACAGCAGCCAUCACAGUGCCACUCAUAGGCAGCGACGGUCGCUCAGAAGGUUCUGUUCGUAUUAAACCGGGUUCCACGUCUCCGGUGGAAUACCAGAGCGACAGCGAGGCGGAGAGCGGGACAGAGUCCAGAUCGCCCUCCCUGAGCGCCCAAAGCCUGGAUGCAGGGUCAGUUAUGGACUUGGAGCCAGUUGAUCCAGAUUCACUAGACCUCAAGAGGCGACGGAUCCACAUGUGCGACUAUGAAGGCUGCAAAAAAGUUUACACCAAGAGCUCCCACCUCAAAGCCCACCGGAGGAUACACACAGGAGAGAAACCCUACCACUGUACCUGGGAGGGCUGCACCUGGCGCUUUGCACGCUCAGACGAGCUCACCCGACAUUUCCGCAAGCACACAGGAAUCAAACCUUUCCGCUGCACUGAGUGCGACCGCUCCUUCUCCCGGUCCGACCACCUUUCCCUGCACCGCCGCCGCCAUGUGAUGAUGUGAACUUUCUAACGAUUUCCCUUUACGAACCUCCUUCCCCAACAAAUGUCACAGCACAUCUCGCACCCCCACCUCACCAGCAUUGACUUCAUCCUGUUUGCAGACGACAAAAAAAGGUCUGUGCCCGUUGCACCACCUGAAACGUGGCAGGAUUUUAGGGAUGUCUUUAUGUGUGCAUGCAUGUGCGGUGGAACCAUCCUCACCGAUCAUCCCGAGGACGUCCUCUCUUUACAAUCCAGAACUCUUUAUGAGUUGUCGCCACCUGAAGCAAAGGGACUGAGAAACAUCCAGUACCAGGAAGAUUCAUCCACCCAUCCUUUCCAUCUAACCAUCCAUACAAGUAGAGGCAAGAACACAGUAGAGAUGUGCAGAUGUUUCAUCUGUACUGGGAUGUCACUUCAGCUCCUGGUUUUGGCAUCAAAGGUAAUCCUUUUCAGACAAAAGAAAAACGCUGUCCUGUUUUGGAAUUCAGUGUAGGAUCCAUGCCAACAGACUCCAAUAUCUUCAUAAAGUUGGCAGUGCACCAAUCACAUCUUUACAUCCUAAUAGGAUCUUCUAGGUGGACAAGCUGAUUGAAUUGUCUUCUUUGGAUAACGUGUGAUGUGAUGUACUGAGAUCGCGCCAAAGUCACAGCGUUUUGGUGGUUCAGUAUAGAAACAGAUCUUUUCCAAGCUGUGGACAUAAAAACCAAGAUGCUGGAGUUUGGAUGCAGACGUGAACUUUAUCCAAAAGUAUUAAAAACUGUACUUCUACCAGCCUGACACCUUUUGUUUUUUCGAUUUAUUGAUCUUUUUAGUAACAAUAAAAACAGUAAUUGGAUUGUGCCAUUUCUAAAUGUGGCAUAGGGUGUCGUCUGGAUUCUCAGGAGCUGAAGUGACAUCAGGUCCGUCCUCCUCCCCCUAAAGCCCUGGUACACAGAGCUUCAAGACUGUGAACUUGAAUUCAAGAGUCUGAUUUGUUUUUCUGGUGGAUCAGUCACUUUGUUGCCUCCUUACCCCCCACCCACCCCCCUGCACAUGCAGUUUUACCCCUCUGUGAUAACAGUAUUUGCUUUGGAUGUGUUGUUGUUUUAGAAAAAAAGGCCUUCAGUCCUCGUUUUUCUUCUCUUGCCAUUUUCGGAACAGAAUUUUUUGUUUUGUUUUGGAGGAAAAUGUGGAGAAACGAAAAAAAAGUGGUUGAAGAAGACGACUCUGGCAGGGAGUAGGGGAACUUUACAGAGCAAUUUAUUUGCGUGUUUGUUCACGCGUGUGUGUGUUUGUGCAUGUUUUGAGGAAAAAAAAAACCCCACAUAAUCCGAGCAGACUUUUGUGAGUGUGUGUUCCGGGCACCUGUUGUUGUUUUACUUCUUGCCCGUUGAGCCUUAAUAACUGAAGUCAAUCUGUAAGGGCAAAACCAGAGCCGCUGAGAGACGACGCGCAAGCACAAAUCCAGGAAUCUUUUACCUCUUUUUUUGUCUCAAAAAAUAACAAAUCCAAAAGUUUCUCUAUCAAAACAAAUAAUUUAACGUUCUCUGAGGAAAUAUUUUGCUGGGUAGGAAAAUCUGAGCCUAAAAUUGAGGAUAACAGACUAUUUUAUCCUGGAAUAUACCUCCACCUGCUGCCUUUAGCUCCAUCACCCUCCCACCUGCGUUAGGGCGUCACUUCCACCCACUUUGGCAGUUGUCUUUCAGGGGUUCUGGGGAAACCAGGCACUGUGUCGGGCUGUCAGGGUCCAUAGCGUCUGGGGUUCGAACCACAGGGAAACUAAGCGCUCUCGUCUCUAGCAUUUUCAGCCCAGCAGGGUUCAGUUCUCCCAACUUCCAUGCUAACACAUCACCUUGCUUUGGUGUAUUUUUUUCUCGUUAAGUUUUGAAACCCUCUAACCUCAUCGUUUGAAACUUUUCAGAGAAGAACUGACCCCGUCUGGCUCUGCUGGCGAACACAAGGUGUCCAUAUCUUGUUCUUCAGCCCUGAUCUGGGCUGAACUCCAUUAUGCAACAAAAUGCAGACCUCCCUCCAAGUGCUGUUCUGAGCUCAGUCACAGAGCUCGAAAAGUAAAAAAUAAAAAAAAAGGCUACAAAAGGGAGGUCAACGUCCGUGGAAGCUCGCCACAACUUCCUGCGGACUCCUUAAGGCCUGUCGGCUUAACGAGACUUUUAAAGCUUGGCUGGUAUCUCCAGGAGCACAAAAGAAUCAAAAGCUAGAAAGAGAGAGGCAAACAUUUAAGGUGAUGGAGAAUGACAUGCAGGUUUACCCUGAGGUGAGGUGAGUGCAUGCCGUGAAGAGGGCGGUUCCUUACUUUGUCUGCACACUGCACAAAAAAAAAAAAGAGGAAAGAAGAUCCAUCCAAGCAGAGGCUGCUUUUCCCCGCCAAAAUGUCCAUCUUGGCUUUGGGAAAUGGCAUCAAAAGGUUUAAAUUAGAACUUUGUAAUGAGAUUUGGAGGAUUUCCUUCCUUUCAGCAGCGCAGAGCAAUGCAACGUUCCCCGCCAACACCCCUUCUGCUUCAAGUUAAAAGAGAAAAAAAUCUAAAGCACAUCUUUCUAGAAGAGUAUAUGCAUUUGAUUGCAAUUUUCUUUCUUUUGUAAACUGUUGAUACAAAUCAAUAAGGAAAAAUAAUGAAAAGAAAUCCGUGUACAUAAAUGUAUAAAACCAGAAAGUGCAGAGUAAAUGUAACGGGUGAAUUUCUAUUUUUAACACUGACUAGAUAAUGUGAAAAACCUCUUUCUUCUUCUUCUUUCUCUGUUGGUUUGAUGAAAUGUGUUCAUCUUCUGUACCCCCCCCCUCCCCCAUGACAGAUCUAAUACAUUUGUUGUGUAGGUUUUAUUUUAUUUCUUUUUUCUAAAAUGGUCCAGCUUGUGUUGUGCACAACUGUGUUGCAUGGAGAAUAGCCUUCCUGUUUUCUAACGGUGACGUCGGUGAGCAUGUCAAUGUGUGUGUGAGACUGUGUGAUUGUGUGUGUGUGUGUGUGGGGGGGGGUCUGGAGUGUCUUUAUCAUGCUGACCCCAUGAGCGAGGGAGGGGGGACAGAAAUAAACAAUUGAAAACCGCUGCGCUAACGUGAUGGAAAGCAUUCCCAUCGGGCCGUUUGCAGGAUUUCCCUCACAGCGAUCUGGUCUGCAGAAAAGGUCCUUUAAAGGCAAAUUCACAAAAUUUGAUGAAAAUAAAAUUCCAAAAAUAUCCGCAGAUUUAAUCAUAUUUUAAAUUUUUGUCAAAAUCUACUGACAAAAAACCAGCGCCUAAACAUUCUGAACACGACCUUAAUUUCUUUUUUUAAUAAAUAAUUAAGAAGAAAAAAAAACUAACUGGAUGGAAACUCAUUUCAAAACUAUGACUAAAGGUUGUUCCUGUUUAACUACAAAUAAUAAUCAUCAUUUUACUUUAAAAAUGAAGAGUAAAAGGAAGAAAUCUGUUAGAAGCUGGAAUUUAAAAAAAGCUAAAUGGAGAAACGACACAAAUGUACUCAAUUAAACUGAAGGAAUGUGGAAUUUUGUUCAAAUUAAAAUUCUUCUGCUCUUGGUUAGGAUACGGUCAUUAGAUGUAUACAUUUAAUCCUUAAUAAUAAUAAUAAUAAUGGCGUUCUAUCAAAGUAGAAAAGCACAUAUAGGUCUAUGACAUUUACCACUGGUUAAAUGAGAUAAUAAAAAUGAUGCUGAUAGUUCAUGUAUUUCACAAAAUUCCCAUAAAAAUGUAAUAGAAAUUAAUAUUUAAUGAGCAGGUUUUUUUAUUUUGAAAACAAACAUUUUAUAGAAUUAAAAUUAAAAAAAUUCAAAUGUUAAAAAUCACAGAAACCAAAAAAAAGGGAUGCAAAUGUUGCUCAUUUAGCAAAUCUUGGAAAGUGAGAAGAUGUUAACUGACAGUUAAAAUCUGUAUUUAAGACGAAGUAAAACAUUUUGGUAAAAUGUCAAAUUCUGUAAAGAAAGUAUAAGCAAAGGCUGAUUGAAUUUUAAAGAUGCUUUUUACUUAAAAAAAUAUUUUCAUUUAUGCAAAGCAGAAAUCCUGGACGAGAGGUAGAUUAAAAAAUGAAAUGAUUCUGUUAAACAGUUAGUUUAGGCAUAAACGGGUGAGAAAAAUAAUCUGGCAUUUAUCCCAAAGAAAAAGUGAGAAAAGUUUAGCUUUUACAGUUCAGGAUUUAAACUGGGGGAAGCCAUAAUGAAUAACUAUUUUUGUUUGUUUAUUUGAAGCAAAGACAGUUAAAAUGCUUCAGUAAAUUCCCAUUUAAAAAAUCCCAUUAGAAUAAACCAACUGGAUGAUGUUUACUGGUUUUAAAGAAUUUAUUUUUGGAGCCAAGUUUAAAAAAUUUCCCUUUUAAAUUUCCGCAAAUAUUUAGCUAAAUAAAGAAUUUUUGCUCUCAAUAACUGAAAAUAAAUUAAGGCUCGUUAGAAAAGCUGUUAAUUUAGUUUCACACAAUCCAGCGAACUGGUUAAAUCUUCAAAUAAGAUCUUUUAAAGUAAUUAGAAAAACAUUUUAGAUUUUAAAAAAAAAGGUCUUUGUAUUUACAAAUUGAAAGGCGUUGAUCUCUGAGGACAUGAAACCUUCAUGAUGUUUUCUAAUCCUACAACUUCAGCCUUUCAAAGUAAAAGCUUGUGAAGAACCUUUAUUUUGAAGAACUUUUGUCCCAUCGGUGUUCCUCCAGAGCUUCAGGCCUCCCAACAGGAAUGUUUCCUCUUCAACUCCACAGUUCUUGUCUGAGGGUGACGUGGCGACUCUGUCCGUCUGUGUGCGAGUGCCCCGACUCACCACUUUUUCUGCAGAUCCAAAAUUUUUCUAUUGAAUGCAGUAACUCACGGGCCAGUACUAUAUUUACUCAGUGCAAUGCAGUUAACAUAAUAAUACAAUGAUUCAUAUUUUUUCCUUAUUUUGUAUUUUUACAGAAGCAGUGUGUAAAGAUCAGUGAGGAAAACGUGAGCUUUUUGAUACUGUGAUUCAUGGUGUUUAAGAGUCAGUUUCUCCCUGUACAGUUGUGAUUCUUUUUGCCCCGCCCCUUCUUUCUUCUUUUAUAGAAUAAAAUAUGUUUUUGGUGCAAUUUAA